GAGCUGUACCAGAAAAAUAGGUAAGCCAGUUCACACUUGAAAUGAGGCAUCGCACGACCUAUUAAAUUUAGGUAUAUCGUCGAGGAAGUUCAACUUCGGCAUUGCCUUCUGUGCAGCGGGCGCCUUCAUGCAACAGCAGGACAUGUCCUGAUCGCGUAGUCCUAGAGUCUAGCCGUAUAGGGAGCCGCCCAGCUGCUGGUCCGGCGGCCACUUUCUAUCCUCUCCUCUUUAACCGGGCUUUAACCGCACAACCCGUUGCGUGAGACUUUUCUGUUUUGACCAGUUGGCCGCGAGCUGGUUGAGGAUGCUCUUCUCUUUGUAACCUUGAUCAUCGAUGCAUGCUACUUACAUGGCCAAAAAUCGCAAUCAAGCGGAGGACUGAGACGUCAUUCAGGAAUAAGCUGGCCGCAAAGCUGGGGUGUGCAAGCAGCCAGUCGCUGAUCAGCGACUCUCCUCGUUGGGGAGCAGGAAUGUCGUAUCCUAUCAAAGUAUAUCACAAAACAAGGCAGCAUUUGGCGACUGUCACCGAUGAUACGACUUUCGGAGAAUUGAAGGGCGCUAUGGCCCAAGUCUCAGGAGUUCAACCUGAUGAAAUGAAGUUAUACUUUAGAGGGAAACAUUUCGACGGCGAGACCAUGGCUGAAGCAGGCGUCAAGCCGGGUGCCAAGGUCUUGCUUGUGGAGUGCGAGAACUUCCGGCAGCGGCGGGCAAGUGAACUGGAGGCAGAACAGGAGCAGGCUUACCAAAGAGCAGCCACAACGGGGAAGCAGCAGAGCCUCGCACAGGAGGAAGCACAGAGGAGGGCACUGGCGCUGGAGGCAGAGCGCGUCGAGCGAGAGGCAAAACAGGAUGAGGUUCGCAGGGGCUUACAAGCAGUAGCGGAAGUGGAAAGAGAGGUGGACCCUUUAGCACGCGAGGUGGAUGAGAUGGUGGCGUCGACAAGUGGCGGAAACGUACCUGACGAGCAGCGCUCUCGGAUUUUGAACGAGCUUUUCACUCAGAAACUCUUGAAGCUGGACUCAAUACAGGGGGGUGACGAAGUCCGGAAGAAUCGAAAAGCUCAGAUCAGCCGCAUCGAAGACCUAUCAAAGCAGCUCGACAAUUAUGGAACCACUCCUCGCCGCGGGUUUUACCCGCGCCGCACGAUCAUGGAUGUGAUCAAAACCUUGCGCCCGACGGUUCACCAAACGUGGGUACCCAAAACGCACAUGGGCGAUGUGCUGAUCGGCUCGGUGGCGGACACAAAUGCGACCUGGUACAAAUGCGAGUACCAGGGCCUUACGGCGGCUGUGCUCGCUCGGGGACUGCUCGUUGAGAAGUGCAAGCUAGCCCAAGAACGAUGCGGCACCGGCGAGCGCGCGGCUGCACAUGUGCGCGCCAACACCCAUAACACUCGAGCUAUUGCGGCGGCUGCGGCGGAGGCAUUGGCGCCCAUUGACAACGCGCCCGGUCGAAGUAUGACCAUGGACGAGAUGCAAGACCUUCUGGACCGCCUUGUCAAGGGCAAGAACCAGGAGGGGGGGCCACAGUAG